UUUUGUCACUCCGAGCUCUCUGAAACUCAAAGAAUGCAAUACGCAACGACGUUGUUAAUGGACAAAGCGGUCUCACCUUCAACUCUUCUACUUCCACCGAAGCCUUCCCCAAUUUCAACCAGAAGGCUCCCCUCCUUCGUUCUCUGCUGCUCCAAUCCGAGCACCACCGCCGCCACCUCCACCUCAUGGUCUCCGCCUCCGAUUCCCGCCACAACCGGCACGCCGCCGCCGGUCGUGAGGCGGAGGACGCGGUACAGGAAGCAGUACCCGGGAGAGAGCAAAGGCAUCACCGAAGAGAUGAGGUUCGUCGCCAUGCGCCUCCGUAACAUAAACGGCAAGAAAUUGGAGCCUCAGUCCGACGGCGAUAACACUCAGAGCGAAAGUGACGAUAAUGCCCCUGACGACACUGACGCUGACGCCUCGGAAUCUGACGGUGACGGCGACGGAGAGAAGCAGACUUGGCAGCCUAGCCUGCAAGGGUUCCUCAAGUACUUGGUGGACAGUAAGCUCGUGUUUGACACCGUGGAGCGCAUUGUUGAUGACUCAAACGACGUCGCUUAUGCAUAUUUCAGGAAGACCGGGUUGGAGAGAUCAGAAGCGAUUUCGAAAGAUUUGGAAUGGUUUGGGGAACAAGGCAAUGUGAUACCGGAGCCCAGCAAUCCGGGAGUUGCUUAUGCAAAGUAUCUGAAACAAGUUGCGGAGAUUUCUCCACCGUUAUUCCUCUGCCAUUUUUAUAACAUCUACUUUGCACAUGUCUCUGGCGGGCAGGUCAUUGCAAGACAGGUAUCGGAGAGGCUACUUGAAGGAAGGGAGUUGGAGUUUUACACAUGGGAAGGUGAUGUGCCGGAGUUGAUGAGAGGUGUUCGGGAGAAACUCAACAAGCUUGGGGAUCAUUGGAGUCGGGAUGACAAAAACAAAUGCUUAAGAGAAACAACAAAGUCGUUCCGGUCUCUAGGGCAGAUAGUUCGUCUGAUCAUCUUAGAAACCAAGUGAUUUUAGAUUGAGCAGUAGUGGUAGCGUGGUUCCACUAUGGAGCCGUUCGUACAAUUAAAGGUGGUUCAUCACCAGAUUGACGCUGGAUGCAUCUCCUGGAAAUUUUCUUAGGACUCAAAAGCCUGCACUCAGCACAGCCAGUACAUCCUAUUUAUGAGCCUCAUCAUGCCUUUAGGAUCUUGGCUUUACUUGCUGUUUCAGGCUCAAAAGGUCUUCCAGUCUUUUAAGCCUAUCAUUCAGUUGCUUGCAAAGUGCUCUUUUUCUAGGCUUGGUGGUUCUUCAGGUUAGGUAAUGAUAGAGCCAUGUGUUCACUGUAGUAGGUGAUCCAUAACUAUGGCUACUGGCCCUGAAGUACUAUAUAAAGCUGUGAAAGUGUGAAGAGUGAAACUUGUCGGCAGUGUACAAUUGUCAACGAAGGAUUUCGUGUACUUCGGCCUUCCUCCUAUUUUAUCAAUUAGUUUAUUAUGCUA